UGUGGAAAAAGUAUCAUCAGAAAGGAACUUGGAUUCUGAGUUUCUUAUUAGACCUGGAUUCGAAAGUUACCCAAAAUAACAAAUACGUGCUCCAUUAACUGAGUGAAGAAAGUGUUCUGGUGGUUUUUUGCGAUAUUUAUUCUCUCUAUUCAUCUUCUGGCAAAGCUAUUAUUAUUUUUUUGGGUAUCUCCCUUUUCUUUACUGGGGUCAACUCUUUUUCAACUAUUUGGCUGCUUUGGGUACUGCUUGUUUGGGAUGACUUUCCUUGAAAUUUCUCCUCCUUUGAUAGACUUUUGAGUGACCCUUUUUAAGGGAUUACUGGUGGAUUUCUUUUCAUUUUUCAAGUUUAUCUUUUAACGUGUUCUUUCUUUUUCCAAACCUUUAUUCUCCUCGUGUCCGGUCUCAAAAGGAAUCUCUUCUUUGCCUCUUCUUUCUUAAUUCACUCCUUACUUCACUCUCGAUUUUAAUGAGAAGAUUUGAAAGAAUCUGAAAAACCCAGAGAAUCCGAAACCCAAGAGAAAAAUGGAUCAUUCCCCUGUUCAUUCCAUCAAAUACACUGAGCACCGUUAUCAAACCAAGCUCCUUUCACCACUCUUAGAUGUCAGUCUCGUAAAGCAGCCAGAAAUGAAGCGUCGAAUUGUUCGGAUUUCAGUUACAGAUGCUGACGCCACUGAUUCAUCCGGUGAUGAAGACGACGACUACGAAGAACAUGCAAGCCAACUUCGUUGUCGAAACAGAGUGAAGAAAUACGUUAACGAGAUAACUAUCGAGUCAACAUUAUGUCCCGUCCAAAACGGCAGAGUUUCCAGGAGUAAAACGUCGUUGUCAAAGAGUUCACGAAAGAGGCCGGCGAUGAAAGUUAAAGCGACGAUGAAAGCACCGGCUGAUAAGAAGUUCAGAGGAGUUAGGCAACGGCCUUGGGGCAAAUGGGCGGCUGAGAUCAGGGACCCGCUAAGACGUGUACGGUUAUGGUUAGGUACCUAUGAUACCGCCGAAGAAGCAGCAGUGGUGUACGACAACGCAGCUAUUAAACUGCGUGGACCAGACGCGCUCACUAACUUUUCAAAUCCCAAGCUUCAAGACAAAAACAGCCAAAAACCGUUAUCCAGCUCUGAUUACCACUCCGGCGAAGAAUCUCUCAACACAAACCUUUGCUCUCCGACUUCCGUUCUCCGUUGCCUGUCGCUUUCCGCCGACGAAGGCGACUCACAAAGCGUCAAGGAAUCCCGAGAGUUGAGGAGCGAACCUGGAGCUGUCGUUGACGACUCUUGCUUCACAUCGGGUGAAAAAUUCUCAGAAUUUUCCGAUCAAUCAUCCUUGUUUCCGAGUGAUAUAUUUAGCUCAGUGCCGGAAUUGUUCGAUGAUAAUACGAGUUUUCACGAUUGUUUCCUGAAAGAUGAUUUCAGUAACGGGUUUUUGAGUUCAGGGGGUGAUUUCGAGUUCGGAUUUGGUGGCUUCUCGAGGUGGCAACGUGUCGAUGAUCAUUUCCAAGAUAUCGGGGAUUUGUUCGGGUCGGAUCCUCUCGUCGCAAUUUGACCGUUUCUUCGUUUUUCUGCGGCAAGUUUUGCAUCGGCGGGAACUGAAAAUAUCUGCUUUUCCCUCUGUUUAAGAUUUCUUCUUUUUUUAUUGUUGUUAUAAUGCUAUAAGAUUAUUAUUUGAUAUUAAUUAUUAUUAAUUAGUAAGAGUUUGAAUGUUAAACUUCUCCCGUCAAUGGAACGAUGACGGGCGUGUUUGGCUACGUGUUGUAUGCUUUGUCUUCUAUGUUCCUUUUAUGUAAAGGCACGUGUUCUAGUACUAAACAAACAACAUUUCGGUUUCCAAA